GGUUCAUGCCUCUUUUUGAGCAUCGCUACCAGUUCGGGUUGGAUCAUCGAUUAAAUGCAUCGCUCCCUCAUACGAUCCGUCUCGCUGUCCGAAACUAUUCCGUACUCUCCUGGUGGAAAGGGGGCUGUCAGUUUGUCAACAGAUUGCCGCUUCGAUUCAGUUCGCCAUGAUUUCCUCGGCGUGAAGUUUCGUCAGCAACUAUGUCUACAGGGUUGGGUUUAAGAGGUGGUGCGGUAGCCCUGCUACUCCUGGCGUUCUUCGUCUUCUUCACCACAGCUUACCCUCUAUGUGCAGAUAAUCUAGAAGCUCCCGGACGAGCGAAAACAAACUUAACAUUCUGCUCAGCACCUGAGUUCGCGAACAGUGGAUGCUGUGACCCAAAAGACGAUGCUCAGCUCAAGGCUACUUUCGACGGCAUGCUUAUCUCUGAUACCAGAUGUGCAAAUGUCGUAAAGCAAAUCCUGUGCUCAGUAUGUGAUCCAUACUCAGCGGAUUUGUAUGGCGCUUCACAGCUUUCGAAGGCGCGCCCGGUGCCUUACUUAUGCGCCAGUGGCAACGGCUCCUACUGCAACCAAGUUUGGGGCGCUUGCGCUAAUGUGAACAUCACAAACUCCCCGUUCGAGCCUGGUCUUCAAUCCAUUGGCAAUAGUAGCUCGAAGGCCACAGCUGCGCUCAACAAAUUCUACAGUAAUGACACGGCAUUCUGCGCAGGCGCAGCGCCGCCGUCCAGCGCGGCGGGGGGUUUCUGCUUUAGCGGGACACCCUUGAAGCUUCCACAGCCCAUAGUUCACAGCCCUCCGGCUGGGAUUUGCCUGGAGAAGCUGGAAGAUGCACAGAAAGGAUACUUUUUGAAUCUAAUUCCGCACCCGGAUGGCUCCGACCGCGUCUUUGUGAACACACAGGCCGGGCUCAUGUACAUGGCCACCCUUUCCGAACCGGGCUCAGGGAAGCCGCUCACCAUCGACUACUCGAAACCGUUUUUGAACAUUUCUCAUCGAACGGAGGGCAAAGGUGAGCUGGGCUUCAUGGGCAUGGCCUUCCAUCCAGACUUUCUCAACAAUGGCAGGUUUUUUAUUUCCUACAAUUGCAAUACAACCAAGUUUCCCGAUUGCAAGGGGGCGUGCGGGUGUAGCAGCGUCAAUCGGUGCAGCAAUGUCUCAAAUGCGUGCACCUGGUCUGCUAUUGUGGCGGAAUACACCGUCAACGCUACGGGAGUCACGCCUAACAAGGCGCUGCAAGCAAGUCCCAACGAAGUGAGGAGAAUCUUCACAUACGGGCUCCCAUACGAGAAUCACCAUGCUGGAGGAUUGUGGUUUGGUCCCCAGGACAAGCAGUUGUACUACCCCUUAGGAGAUGGAGGUUCCUACGACGACCCUUGGAACAACGCACAGAAUCUUAACAUGCCGCUGGGGAAGAUGAUGCGCUUGGAUAUCGACAACUUUCCUGGGAGUACAACUGGGUUGUUUGGAAACUACAGCAUUCCGCGUGACAACCCCUUCUAUGGUGUGAACAACACGCGGGGAGAGAUUUGGGCAUACGGACUGCGCAACCCAUGGCGCUGCAGCUUCGACAAGAUGCAGCCAUCGUACUUCUACUGCGCGGAUGUUGGCCAGAACAACAUCGAGGAAGUUGACUUGAUAUCCAAGGGUGGGAACUACGGGUGGCGCGUGUACGAAGGCACAUCGCGCUUCUACCCAGCAGUGUCUCCGGGCGGCUACACGUCCGAAGAUUCUAUAAAUGCGAUCAUGCCGAUCCUUGAGUAUAAUCACACAGUAGGGAUCUCGAUCGCCGGCGGCUACGUCUCGUAUUCCAGACAAGAUGCUUGUGUCUACGGAUCGUAUCUGUAUGCAGACUUGAACGGGUUUCUGUUUUCUGCAUUUGAGAAUCCCCCCAUGAGUGGCAAAUACGUGAAUAGCAGCCUGCCCUUCAAGUGCUCUUCCAAAUCUCCCUUAAAUUGCUCUGAUACUGCCCCUCUAAACGGGGUCAUAUCCUUCGGCGAGGACGCGAAGAACGACAUUUACAUUCUGGGCGUAGACGGGGUGUACCGAAUGGUGAAUCCCAGCCUAUGCCAAAUUGAAUGCAAGGCGGUGUUGCCUCCCGGUCCCGCCCCGAGUCCUGGUCCCCUCCCUCCAUCGCCCCCUUCCAACGCAGCCUCUCUCUUCCUCAUUUUGCGGAACAGCGCCUUCUGUGUGAUUCUUGCGUUGUGUGCUCUUGUUUGGCUCUGAAGUACGUGGGAGUCAGGGGAUCAGGUACUUGGGUUUUGUCCACAGAAGAGAAUCCGAUACUCGAAGACGCGGUGAAUGUAGUGUAGCAGGUGAAUAACAAUGCGGCGGCUUCAUUUGCCCUCGGUUGUACAAUAUCUUUUAGAAGGAAGAGUAAACUCAUCACAAUGCAGAUCAGGUCCGCGUGACAGUCACCGCUGUCUUACUAGUCUGACCGCCUUGAACGUCAGAGUCGAGAGAAUACUGUGAAAAUUUCGAAGCAUCCAUUUACCAUUUGCUCAAGCGGCAUUUUGCAUGUCUUCAUCACGGUCCCUAGAAGUUUUUUGUAUGAUAUAUUACAUGUGAUUAUCACUUAAGUAUGAAAAUUUGUAGGUUACACAA